AACAUGCAGCCCGCGGGCCGCCCCCACAGCUGCCAUGAGACACGGCACCGGAGCGGUGCCACUGCUGCUCAACAUGUACCUGCCAGAUCCAGUCGGGGAAACUUUGUUCAAAGACGGGAAGAGCCAGGCGUGGGGGUCCCUCAGCCCCGGCGUGCAGAAAGGCAGCGGGCAGAUCCAGCUGUGGCAGUUCCUGCUGGAGCUGCUUUCGGACCGGGCCAACCUGAACUGCAUCGCCUGGGAAGGCACCAACGGGGAGUUCAAGCUGAUCGACCCUGACGAGGUGGCGCGGCGCUGGGGCGAGCGGAAGAGCAAGCCCAACAUGAAUUACGACAAGCUGAGCCGGGCGCUGCGCUACUACUACGACAAGAACAUCAUGACCAAGGUCCACGGCAAGCGCUACGCCUACAAGUUCGACUUCCACGGGCUGGCACAGGUGUGCCAGCCAACCACCCCCGACCACACUCUCUACAAAUUCCAGGGCAACCUGGCACCACUGCCCUUCUCGGGCAUCUCCAAACUCAACCUCAUGACCUCGGGAGUGACACCGGCUGGCUUCUCCUACUGGCCUGGCUCCAGCCCGUCCCUCUACCCCGGGCACGGGCUCCAGCCCUCAGCCUCCUUCAGUGCCAUGGCAGCCUCCCACCUCAACAACAUGAACAACCAUUACCAUUAGAGGCUCAGCUGUGCCAUGUGGAUGCUCCAUGUCCCUGGCAGCAUGGGGCUGUGGAUUUGGGAAGCUCAGCGGGGAGGGAUGGGGGAUGGGAUUGUGCCCUGCUCUCACUUGCCCCCUUUUAGGUUUGAUCUGGUGUGGGGUAUGGGGGUUGCUUGUAGGAUAGCUGGGUUGGUUCUCUGAUGUGGGUGGCUGGAGGAGGGAAGCCACCUGAAUUUAAGAUGAGGAAGUAUCCAUGAUCCUGGGAACAGAUGUGGAUACCCAAAGCAGGGUGUGAAUGGAAGGAAAAACCAUGGGCUCCUCACUUGGCAGGGACUGCCCCACCUUUGCUCUGCAACUUGCUGCUCACUCCGUGAAUGUCCUUAGCUCUGCCCACAGCCUGUGCCUGUCCUCCCAUUCCCUGCAGAGGGGCACCAGGAGCUCGGGCCCAGGGAAGCUGUGUCCAUGAAUGAAGGUCCCACUGAGCAGGGACAAGGAAAGAUAACCUUUCUUGACCACUUGGACCCCUCACCUUUGUCUCCAAAGGCUUCCUUUCCUCCAUCCCUCCUAUAUCUGCUGCCUGAAGGCAGCUUCCUUCAGACCUCAGGAGAAGCCUUGGUCCAGAGAGCAGAUACUUUCUAUGGGUUCACUCAUACCCAGGGCAGGGCUCUGGGGCUGGAGGUGCCAGGGGCAAGUGUGGGGCUCUCUGCCAGUCCUCAGGGCAAGGCCAGAGCCUGGAGGCAGCACAGCCUGGUCUCUGCAAUUCUGCCCUCUCCCCAGUGCCCAAGGAUCACACCACAGACCGUCCCUGACACCCUGCACACAAGCCCAUGUCCUGCUCAUCACUUCCAAGAUUAAUGUUCCAUUUUUACUCCAAUUUUAGCCCCUCGCAUGCUGGGCUUGGUGGGACACCCUCCCUAAGUGGGAACAAGGGACAAGGCAGCGUGGGUGGUGGAGCAGAAGAAGGGAUGACAGCAGGACUAGGAGCCCCAGGCACCGAGGGGCAGCCCUGGGAGUCUCUCUGGGUUCAAGGAGCUGCCUCCAUCAUCUGGAGCAGGACUUUGGCCCAGUGGAUGCAGAAGAGCUGGGCACACUGAGCUCCGCACUGGCUGGGGGGUGGGAUUGGUCUUCAAUAAAACAGAGAGGUGCUGUGA